AAUAUUCAAUUUGUUUUUUAAAAACGAGUUGCCGCACGUUUUAAUGGCUUUAAUCGUUCUACCAAGCGCGGCUAUGUGUUUUACAUUAUUUAACUAUUUUUAUACCAAAAGUACAAACUUGACUAAUACCAUUGCAUUUGCAUAUAAGUCGAUAACGUCAUUUAUGCUAGUAGCAAAAACUACAACAAGCAAACCACAAAAAUACCUGUCGUCGAUGUUUGUUUAUGCGCAAAUAACUAAAAUUGUUUUUUUGUAGCGUUACAGAAGAAUAACCGACAAAAAUAAUUUCCAAUUAAGUUAACUUAAACCAUUCUUGUUUGAAGUAUACAAUUCAAUCACAUUUUUCACACUUUAUUUCAAUAAAUUCUACCGCCUGAUCUGAAAACUUUUAUAAAAAAUUUAGCUUAUAUAAAAAACGCUGGGAACUUCUUCAGAAAUUCAAAACAUCAAGUGGUGAAAAGCAGUUCUAAUCCGAGCCAUGGCGGUUGUGAGGGCCAGCGACAAAAAUAUGGGGAAAUACGCCGACCAGGAGGAUAAGAAGCCUUCUCCUCCCUCCAUUAUCAGAGCCAUCCGAAAAAUAUCUGUGGGAUUAUAUCCAAAUUACAAACCAAACGACAAUGAUGGAAACAACAACAACAACAACAAAUCCCACGACAAUCAGGGCUACCUAUCUUCCCCAAGUGACACGAUAGAGAAGAUCAAAAAAGGGGAGGGGGAGGGGGAUGGGGAGGGGAUCGAGAGUGAAACUGGAGAGAGCAAAGAUUCAUCUGCAAACUCGAAAAAGCACAAGAAGUCUGGAUCCACAUCGCACGACAAGGACAAGAUCCCCCUGGGGAGGAAGCUGGCCCUGGCCAUAGGUGCGGCCCCCCUCUCCAUGCCCAUAGUGAGUGCCACAGUCUUCAUCACCCUCUUCCUGCUGGAUGUGGUGCUGCUGAAGCCCAAGUACUCUUCACUUGUCCUUCUCCUCGGCAGGUCUUUCGAUGCCAUCUCGGACCCAUUAGUCGGGUUCCUAGUCAACAAAACACAACGCAGAGGAAACACUUUGAAGUACUGGAUGGGCUUUGCGAUUCCCUUUCUUCUGGCGGCCUACUUCCUUUUAUGGGUGGUACCAAUGGAGAACGGAGAGAACCAAAUGGGCUUCCUUUGCUACUAUUUGGGCGUCUACAUCCUUCUUCAAAUCGCAUUCACAAUUUACAGUGUGCCUUACGCUUCGCUUAUAAUGUAUCAAACCAACGAUCAAAGGGAGCGAGACAUCGCCACUGCAUUCCGAAUGACAGCCGAGAUCGUGUUCGCUAUAGUCUCCAUAGCUGUGAUGGGCGGAAUCGUCGGCGGAGACCUCGACUGCGACGAAGACACGGGCGAAGUCGACUCCAAGUGGCUGAAAACUGCCGAGAACAAGUACAUGAUAGCGGCAGGAACAAUCUGUGCUUUGAUCGUUGCGUCUGGAGUAGUGACAUUCCUGGGAACGAACGAGAGAUCGGACAUCACGAUUGUUCCGAGCAAGAUCUCCACUUGGACUGCGACUAAGCGAGUGAUGAAACACAAGCCCUAUCUGUGGCUGACUGCCUGUUACUUCUGUAUGUAUCUGUCCGUCUCCAUUAUCCAGGGCAAUCUGCAAUUGUACUUCAAAUACCAUCUGGACAGGGUGGAACACUUCGCUUAUGUCAUGGUCACUCUCAUGGUCUGUGUGGGCGUGGGCAUCCCUGUAUGGCAAGUGGUCAUUUCCAAAGUGGGGAAAAAGAACUGUGCUUAUAUUGGAGUGUUGAUUCUGAUCCCCUGCUACGGCAUCAUUGGCUUCGUCCCUUCCGAUGUGCCCAUCUGGUGUGUCUACCUGCUCUGCGGCACUGCUGGCUUCGCCAUCGGCUCCGCCUACUUCAUCCCAUGGUCCAUGUUACCGGACGUCAUAGACAACUACACUGUCGAGAACGGGGAGAGAAACGAGAGCAUAUUCUUCGGCUUCUUCGUCUUUUUUAACAAGUUCGCGGCGGGUGCCGGAAUUGGAAUAUCGCUGGGUAUUUUGGAGAUAGCCGGAUACAGCAACGAAGAGUGUCACCAGCCAGAGGCGGUCCAGAGGUCACUUAGAAUUCUCUGCUCCCCCGGACCUGGUCUGCUGGUCGCCCUCUACGCUUUCUUCGUUUUCUUGUACCCAAUCACGGAGAAGAAGUGCAAAGAGAAUAAAGCUAUCUUAGACGAACGACUCAGAAAAGAAAAACAUUCACGUGAUUUCUACAAAUAUGUCAACAGGACUUUCGAAUUUGACAACGAGGCCAUUGAAAAGUUGUGAACUUCUUUCUUUUUGCCUCCUUUUAUUUUCAUUACCAAAUUAGAAAAUAUUUUACUUAAUUUUCGAAAUUUGUACAAACUAUUCUGCAUUUUCAGAAAAUUUUUAUUUACUUUUUCUUGUAGAUGUUAAUUAGAAAUUUUUAUGCAUUUUGCUGCUA